AUAACUAAAGUGUUAAAACAUCUCAUUAACACAAUGGAAAACAAAGCUAAGACAAUGGCGUCUCUUCUGGCGAUCGUUGUGGUGAUCGGACUAUGUGUUCAAGGAACCGUGGCGCACCCAUGUGGAAACACAUUUUUUUCAGCAUUAGUGCAACUGUUACCUUGUCGCGCAUCAGUUGCACCGUUUAGCCCUAUUCCACCGAAUGAGGCUUGUUGUAAUGCGGUCAGAGUUCUUGGUCAACCUUGUUUGUGUGUUCUGGUCAACGGUCCUCCUAUUUCUGGUGUCGAUCGUAGCUUGGCCAUGCAACUUCCCGAGAAAUGCAGUGUCAAUUUCGAACCAUGUGAACUUGUGAAGAAGAAAGAGUGAUGAUGAGUGACCUUCGAUCGUUCGAUUUAGGAAAAUUUGAUAGAAUAAAUAACCAUUCAUCUUAGUUACAUCUCU